GCAUUUCCAUUCCUUCUCCUUGUCCGCGAUGCUAGAAAUCCCCGUGAUCGACCUCAAGCAUUACAAAGCCACCGGCGACAAGGCUGAGUGCGAGAAAGCCGCCGAGUCUCUGCACAAGUUCGGCGUGCUCUGCGUCCGCGAUGAGCGAGCAGCAGACCGCGACAACGACACAUUCCUGGACAUAAUGGAGCAGUACUUUGAAUCAACAGACUUCAAAGAAGACGCGCGACCCGAAUACCACUACCAGGUGGGGGUCACUCCUGAGCUCAAGGAGCGUGCACGCAACCACUGCGCUCGUGCAGAAGCGCUGGACAAGCGUCACGCUCCAGUUUCUCUGUGCCCUCCGGAAGCGGACAAGAAGAGCCGGUUUUUCUGGCGUGUCGGUGAACGUCCUGUGAGUACCAAGUUCGAGGAACUGAAUGCGGAGCCUGUGAUUCCCAGGAAAUUUCCAGAAUGGGAAACAGUCAUGAACAUGUGGGGCGGCAAGAUGCUGGACGCCAUCACGGAUCUCGUGGAGAUCGUAGCUCUUGGACUUGGUCUGGAGAAGAACGUGCUGGUGGACCGCAUUCAAUACGGCCCACACUUACUGGCACCUACGGGUAGCAACUUCAACGUGUUCAAUCAACUGGACAACGUUCUCGCAGCUUAUCACUACGACCUCAACUUGUUGACAAUUCACGGCAAAUCUCGUUUCCCUGGCUUGUACAUUUGGCUGCGAGAUGGUACGCGCACCGCCGUGAAGAUUCCGGAUGGCUGUCUUCUUGUCCAGGCGGGCAAGCAGAUGGAGUAUCUGACUGGUGGAUAUGUGCAAGCGGGUUUCCAUGAAGUGGUGGUGGCUGCAUCGACUCUCGAGACGAUCGCUCAGCGUGAGAAGGAAGGCAAGAGCCUCUGGCGUGUGUCCUCUACUCUCUUCUCGCAUACGGCAUCCGACAAGACACUGGAGCCCUUGGGGCACUUUGCGACACCGGAGGCGUUAGCGAAAUAUCCACCCAUCCUUGCAGGUAACCAAGUGCUGCAAGAGCUUUCACAAAUCGACCUUGGUACUGGCUUCACCCUUCAUCGCGACUAG